UAGGAUUAAGGAGUAGAAUCAAGUGGGCUGUAUAGAUCUAGAUCUGUGUAUAUAUAUAUAUAUAUAUGUUUCCUUGGAAUCUCCAAAACUUCUUUAAGAUCUAAGGGUCCAAAGUGGUGGGUGAAUUGAGUUUUUGCAGGAAGAGGAGGUGGAGAGAAAGAUGCAGGAUUCGGAAGCAGGGGAGAUUCCUGAGGAUCUCAUGAUCGAAAUAGCGGCGAGAUUGCCUGCGAAAUCGGUGAUGAGGUUCAAGUGCAUCUCAAAGUUCUGGUCAUCUCUCCCUUUGUCGACACACUUUUGCAACCGUUUCCUUUGUCCCAGAGACUAUUUCAGAGCAUUGGGUCUUUGUACUAGAAGCUGGUGGUUCGUGGAAAAGGGUUGCAAAAGAUUUUCAAACUCCUCACCAUCCUUCCAGUCUACAAGUGACUAUGAAGAAUGUUUUAUAUUAUCUGGCUUUCACUGAUUCUUCACAGACUUGUGUUCUUGUGAGUUUCGACAUCAGGUCUGAAGAGUUGAGUAUGAUUAAACUACCUCCUCCCCCUGGGAAGAGGUUGGCUCUAAUAAACUACGGUGGCAAAGUAGCUGUCUUUGACUUCUCUUUGCUCAAAGAGAAUGGCUUGGUGGAUCUGUGGGUUGUGGAACAUUGGAGGAACAAGGAAUGGUCAAGGAAGACUCUGUUUUUGCAGCCUUGUCAAAUGCAUUUAGUCACUCACUGUUUUUUCACGGCAAAAGGUACAACUCUAAAAGGUCAAGUUAUCUUGGUACCACAAUACUUGAUUCCUCCCUUUUACUUUCUCUGCUAUGAUUUGCAACUCAAUCAUCUCAAAAAGGUUGAAAUCAGUGGGAUACCGGAUCACUGGUUUACUAUGGACAGUUUUUUCAAAUCUUUUGACGUGGAGUUUAUGGAUCCGACUGAGAAUGUCAAGUACCUCGAAUCUUGAUCCUGCUUUUUAGGAUGAGGACGGCAUUCUUCGAUCAGAUCAUCCUGUUUCGUCUUUCUCUUUGUUUAGCUUAUAACUUAUUUAUUUUGUAACUAGGUAACUUCCCUUUGAAUUUAAUAUGUUACUAGGUUAACAUCCGCGCAAGAAUAUUAUAUAUAAAAAUUAUUUUAUAUAUUAUAUGUUUUUAACA